UAGAAAAAGAGUGAUUGAUUGUUGUGACUGCUAAUGUCUCCAGGGAAAUCUGGAAUACAUGGUUUUGGAAUCUUUGCAAAACAGCCACACAGAGCAGGAGACAUGGUGAUUGAAUACAUAGGUGAGAUUGUUAGACCCUCAGUGGCUGACCGAAGAGAACGCUUCAUGUACAAUUCGCUAGUGGGUGCUGGGACUUACAUGUUUCGUAUUGAUGAUGAGCGUGUCAUUGAUGCAACAAGGGCUGGAAGCAUUGCACAUUUAAUUAAUCACUCUUGUGAACCUAAUUGCUACUCGAGAGUUAUAAAUGCGAAUGGUGAUGAUCAUAUAAUUAUAUUUGCUAAAAGAGAUGUUAAACAGUGGGAAGAACUGACAUAUGAUUACAGAUUUUUUUCUAUUGAUGAACAUCUUGCAUGCUGUUGUGGCUUUCCAAGAUGCCGGGGUGUAGUUAAUGAUAUUGUAGCAGAGGGACAAGUGGCAAAGCUGCAUGUACCUCACAAAGACUUGAUACAUUGGAAAGGAUAAUGACAGAGGUUAGCAAAUUAAGAGAUAUUUUGGGUCGUUCAGUAUUUCUUACUGUUUUGUUUUUGCUAAGUUUAUUUAUUUACUGUUCUAAGUUGACAGGUUUGGUCUUUUACAUUGUUUAGAGCAUUUUAUCUACUUUCACACACACACACACACACACACACACACACGCAAAUUCCUUGAAUAGUUAUGUAAAUUUGGGUUGCAUUGCUGGUU